ACCUUCCCAUUAUCCGUUUCAUAAAUUGCAGGUUUUGUGCGAGGGCACGUAGAGCCUCCACCAGCAGCACCCACUGCCGCCGCCGCCGCCGCCGCCGCCGCCAUUGUUCCCCCAACUAAAUUGAUUAUUUUAUAUGUUUAGCGACAGUUUAAUUUUGCUCCAGCCUCCAGUCUUUCUCACCUCCCUCUCCCACUUACACACACCUGUGUAAGUGCGAAAGAGGCAAAUCGCUACAAUAGCUACAUACAGUUAGUAGUUAGUAUUGUUACAAUCACUUCUCUGAAAAGUAUCAUAAUUCUUUGGCAGCAUUGUUGUUUUACCAAUUUUAAAACAAAUCUUUUCAAAUCGCACACUUGUUCCCUCCUGCAGGUCUGUCCUAAGCCAGGGCCCCUACACUAUGCACAUGUGGUCCUAUCCUGACCUGGAGGAUGAGGCCAUCACCAGGCCAACCUACCUGGCGGACAAGCUAUCCUCUGCUACCAACCCAGACAUAGCGGACUCCAUGGCCAUCAGCUUCCUGCUAGACCGCUACAGCUUCCCUGUGGUUCUGCCAAAUCACUUCAGCGCCUCUGAAUGCUCCACCAAUGUGCCACCAUCGACUGCCUCCUCUAAUGCACUCUCCUCCUCACCCCCUUCCAACAUAUCCAGUGCACAUUCUUCCUCUCUGCAUGUCAAACAGGACUCAUCUCCUGACACUGUACUUCUCAGAUCCCCAUCUGCAGUCACCAACACCAACAGGGCUUGCCUCAAAAGAUUCCAUGAAGAGAGCAUCCACUACGCCUCAAAUCUACCCCAUUAUCUGCGCAAUGUUAAUUGGAUGAACCGUAGAGCUGUUGAGGACAUCCACUGGCUACUGGGAAUGUGGGACGCUGGAGAACUGGAUGUAACAGUGGCCCUGGAGCUGUUAAGCAUGGACUUUGCUGAUGUGACGGUCAGGGGACUUGCAGUCCAGAGACUGGAGAGCCUGUCCAAUGAUGAUGUAUUGAAGUAUUUAUUGCAGCUGGUGCAGACCCUCAAAGUGGAACCUUACCAUGACAGUUUCCUCGCUCGGUAUCUCAUCCAAAGAGCUCUGCGGAGCAAGAGGAUCGGCCACUUCUUCUUCUGGUAUGUCCGCAGCGAGGUGGCAGGGUGUCCAUACUUCCGCCAGCGCAUGGCUGUGAUUCUGGAGGCCUACCUGCUGGGCUGUGGUCAGGCCAUGCUCGACAGCUUCACCCAGCAGGUCCAGGCUGUGGACGCCCUACAGGAGGUCGCCAUAUUGAUUAAAAAACUCUACCCCGACAAGACCGACCUCACUCCUGCAACUCCCCUCAAGCUUCAGGAACUCCUUAAAAACUGCAAUCUUCCAAAUGAAUUCCUGAUUCCAUUUGACCCACGCAUCAAAGCUGGAAGGAUCCUGCUGGACAAAUGCAAAGUAAUGGCCUCCAAGAAAAAGCCACUGUGGCUGGAGUUCUCUCCCAUGCCGUCACCCACCUCUACGACUCCUGUCGGAAUAAUCUUCAAACAGGGGGAUGACCUCAGACAGGACAUGCUGAUCAUUCAGACUCUGGUGGUGAUGGACUCUAUCUGGCAGGAGAAAUCUCUGGACCUUAACCUUGUUCCAUAUGGCUGCAUCUCCACAGGACACAACAUAGGUAUGAUUGAGAUUGUGAGGGAUGCAGCGACCAUCGCCACAAUCCAGGGGAACUUUGGAGGAACAAUCGGAGCCUUUAGAAACGAUGCUCUGUUUGAGUGGCUUAAGUCCAAAUGUCCACUCCAGGAAAUACACUACAAGACUGUGGAGAGGUUUGUGAAGUCCUGUGCUGGUUACUGUGUGGCCACCUAUGUGUUGGGUAUAGGAGAUCGACACAAUGACAACAUCAUGAUCACAGAUCAAGGGAAUCUGUUUCACAUCGACUUUGGUCACAUCCUGGGUAACAGGAAGCGCUUUCUUGGCAUGAACAGGGAGCGUGUGCCAUUUGUCCUCACACCAGACUUCCUGUAUGUCAUGGGCAGAAGCAAAGGGCGCACCAGCCUCUACUUUCAGCGCUUCAGGGACACUUGCACCCAAGCAUACCUCUCCCUGCGUGCGCACUCCCGUCUGCUGAUCACUCUUUUCUCCCUCAUGCUGCUGACGGGCAUCCCAGAGCUGAGCGCCGCAGAAGACAUGCGCUACCUGAGGGAGGCGCUCCAGGACGAACAAGUCGAGGCAGAGGCCAAAGAGCAUUUCCUCCGUCAAAUCGCUGUGUGUGAGAAUGAGGGCUGGAAGGUGCAGGCCAACUGGUGGGUCCACAUGGUGGCAGGCAUCAAGUAGACUGUUGGGGAUUUCAAAUUUGAAAUUAUGUUGCCUCAGGGCUUAAGGAAGAGAAACCUAGGCAUGUCCUUAUGUCAUUUUUUUGUCUGUUUUUUUUGUUCCUUUUCACUGUUGAUAUUUAUGUAUUAUAGAGAGCUCUGGGGAUGAGUCCUAAAACCUGGAAAUUAGUGACCAUUUUAGCACUCCAGGUUCCCUCAUCUCAAAGUCAAUGUUCUUAAGGUCUGUGGCAAGCAAUAACCUUAAAGGUGAAGAAUGAAGCCAAUGCGAAAGUGCCUAAAACUGCACUUCAUCAAAUGGCCACUUGAGGCUGGCUCCAAAACAGAGUCAGACCCCCAUGUUGAAAUGUCCGACUUUACAGAAGAAAAAGUUUACAGCAUUUACAAAAAAAUUCUGCCUUUUUUGGUGGUGACCGUGGUAGAUCAUUAAUAGCCUAAUGUUAGCUUUUUACUUGGGACAACUGCUUUUGGGCCUCAAAAAUGUGAAAAGUGGUGUUCAUUUGUGAAGAUUAUUGAAUUACUGAAAAAAACAUAUAAAUACCUUAAAUGUUGUUUGCCAGAUUAUUUUCUGCAAUGAUCCAAAAUCCAAUGGAGUAAUGUAACAGGCUUUUUGACAAUGGAGCCGGGGCGAUGCUAACCUCUUUGUCGGUCAACAAAUGAUAAGACAAACACCAUCCCCUGAGAACUCUAUUGAGUGGGACUUACCGGACUAAUGUAAAGAUGCUACUGAGCUGCAUCAUGGAAAUGCAGUAUGCAGUAUUUUGGAGCUUUAUGGCUAAAAGUCAGGAAAUCCUUACCUCUCCAGAGUCUAUUUUGAUACCUUAACAUAUAUGAAAGUAUAAUACCACAUCACUGACAUUUCCUUUUAAUUUGUUUUUUUUCUUUUUUGAAAAGCAUGUAAAAGAUGAGAGAGGUUGACUUAAUUUGUGAUCAUAUCGUCAAAAGUUGUAGUGAUUUUUCAUUGAAUGAAAACCUAUAUGACAUAAUGUGUUGUCUUCAACAUUUUCUUAUCCUGCUGUUAGAGACCUCGUGGUCCCUAAACAGCUCUCAUUGUGAUGCAAUUAAGGUCACAGAGGGAGGGGGCAAACACACCAUACAUACAAACAUGCAUAGUAUUGGUGCAGAAGGAGGACAGUGUAUGAGGAGAAACGCUGGGAAAGGAGGGGGCAGGGAUUUUGAG